UGUUUGCAUUAGUCGUUAGGCUGGACACAGUGUGUGGUGAAUUAGUGAAAGCAGUUGACUCGGUUGACUCAACUUCUCAAACUCUGCUAAUAUGGUAAAAGGUGGAAAGAGAUAUCCAUCAGUGAACAACGAUGGCAAAUGGUUUGCUCAUGAAGUCUUAAGCAAAAGUGAGACAAGGACUCGUGAGCUGUCCACAAGCACUGGGAUGAUGCUGAGUCAGGUCAAGACAUCUUUGCCUCAGGAUUUGAACUUUGAGCGUUAUCCCAAACGGAGAACUGAGCAGAACACCAGAGUGUAUCCAUAUUCAGAGCAUGAUAACAAGCACGCCUUCGCAGACAACGUCUGUGUCUUCACUCAGGGUGUGGGCCGCAGGAAGUGUGCGGGCGACCGUCGGCAGCACAACUCCCACUUCUGCCUGUGCCACGACGCCGAGGGCGCCGCCGAAGCCGCCGGGGGCCUGCGAGCGGCCUCCAGGAGCGACGUCAAGGUGAAGCAGGCUGCUGAGGUCGGAGCCGGCGCCCGGCGGUUCCCCCGCAACCACAAGCAGAAGGCUGCACAGGCGGCUCUGGCGCAGGCAGGGCAGCAGUUUAUGUGGUUUGGACGACACGACUGUGAACCCUCAAAAGACGCUCUGCAAGUGUUGGCAGCUACCAGCAGCUCGGCCUCUCGCACGCGUUGAGAUACACCUGUAUAUCAGGGGCUUGACGGCAUCAUUGAUGGACCCGAUGUUAAUUAAAGGAGCAAAUGGAACCACCA